AGAAGCAAGACAUCAUCAUGGCUGGCUACGCUCCUUACGGUGGUGGACCCUAUGGCGGCGGACCUCCGCAGCAGCCUGCGUACGGCGGACAACAAUACCCCCCACAGGGACAGCAGUACCCGCCGCAGCCGGGAUAUGGCCACCCACCUCCGGGUCCUGCAGGCGAUCCUCUUUGGGGCUACUUUUCGUCCGUGGCAGGCCAGGACGGUCAAAUUACGGCCGAUGAGCUUCAGACGGCACUCACCAACUCGGGCAUGGCAGCCUACCCGCGCCCAGGGGCCCAGUUCAGCCUCGAAACGUGCCGCCUCAUGAUUUCCAUGCUCGAUGCGGAUCGCAGCGGCACAAUGGGGUUUGAGGAGUUUCGCCAGUUGUACCAGGCCUUGGAAAUGUGGAAGACCACGUUCCAAGGCAUUGAUGCCGAUCGCUCCGGCGCUGUGGAGCGCGGUGAACUCAAGUCGGCCAUGACCAAGUUUGGGUACAACCUCUCUGAUGCGGCGAUCGAUGUUAUGAUGCGUCGCUACGGCAAGCAUCAGGCUCACCAAAUCACGUUUGAUGAUUUUGUGGCGCUGGCGGUGCGCGUCCGGGCAUUGACGGAGCGUUUCCGCCAACGUGACACCCAGGGCACAGGUCAUGCUGCUUUCUACUACGAUGACUUUAUUCAGGUGGCCAUGUCUUGCUGAGGACCCAGCGCGUUUAUGACUGGCCUCGUGGUGUCUCCCUGAUGCGCGGCGUGCGUUUUGUUGAGUGACUUGUUUUUGUUUUAUUGUCAACUUAUGUUCUGAUGUGCUCUUUCAAAGCCAUUUCCUGCCACGUGCUUGUC